AUGUUGAACUGUCAAACAAAAGUUUGACAUGUUUUCGUUUGUCCCCAGAAAAGAAACAUCGAAAGAAUGAAAAUUAUUCUCGAAUUUUGAGUGAAUCGACCAAACAUAAACUGAAUCUGAAAUGAGCAAACGAACAAACUGAAUUUGGUAUCUCAAGCAUGGCCGUUGAUAAUUCAGAAACAACAUUUAUUCUACAUGAAACAUGCCGAUUGUGUUUGCUGAACAUCGACCAGCUCCACGGGAUGCAAUCGAUUCCAAUAUUUACAGACCGUGAUGACACUCCGGAAGCGAUCCUAAAUGAGUUCAAUUUCUUGAAAUUAAAGCUGGCCCAAAAUGAUGGACUUCCACAGCAAAUAUGUGAUGAAUGUUUGAAAAAUCUGUUGAAUAUUCGUGCAUUCCGUACGAAUUGCGAACGAUCUCAGGAUGUUCUUGAAAAAUUCUUCAAACCCGCAAGUGAAUCGACCACAUCCGCGACCGUACCAAUUAAACUGAUUGCCGAUCUGAGCGAAUCAAAUUUCUCAGACUUUGAAUUCCUGAACAUCGACAACGUCGAAGAUAAUGUCGAAUACGAGAUGAAAAUCGAGGUGGUAGCUGUCGAUGAAUCAAUAGUAACUGGUGAAAUCGAAUGCACCGACGAAUCGAAGGAAAAUUGUUCAGGUGACAGCGAACUGGUUGGCGAAGAUACAGAAAACGUUGAUGAAACUAGCAGUUGUAUGUCUAGUGACAGUACGCACGAUGAUUCCGACAAUAUCGAGUGCAGCAUCUGCGGAAAAAUCUACAAACGAAAAGCUCACUUGUUAAGGCAUCUGAUGUCGCACAAGAACAAGACUGACAGUGGUGAUAAAGUAAGUGAUAGCGGAAAGGGUAGGCACUGCGUAUUUGUGUGCAACAAAUGUGGGAAGAGAUUUUCGAAAUCAAAGAAUCUGCAAAAUCAUGUCAACGACGGAGGUUGUGUGAAAGAGGAGAAUCCUCAGUGUCGAUUCUGCAAAGAGACAUUUUCGAGCAUCGGCGAUCUGGAGAUACAUCUGGAGAAAGUCCAUCCACCGCAUCGACCCCACAUGUGUCCGAUAUGCAAAAAAACUUUUCAAAGUGUCUCGAACCGCAACACUCAUCUGCAAUCGCAUAACAAAGAUGACACGUACAAAUGUAGCGACUGUGGGCAGGGAUUCAAAAGCAAAGUUUAUUUGAACAAGCACAAAAAGUCCGUGCAUACACGGAACGAACACGAUUGUCCACACUGUUCGAUGAAAUUCUUCAACACAACAAAGUUCGAGUAUCAUCUGAAGUCGCAUGACGAAAAUAAAAAGUACAAAUGCAAGUACUGUGACAAGUCGUUCCUGCAGCAUCAUCAUUUGGCCAAUCAUGAACGAAUCCACACAAAUGUUCGGCCGUUUCUAUGUAACAUUUGUGGAAAAGACUUCAAACAAGAAUGCAACUUUAAGCUCCAUCUCAGAAUUCAUUCGGGAUUGCGACCGUAUGUGUGUUCAGUCUGUGGCAAAGAUUUCAUUCAGCGCGGAUCAUUUGUUAUGCAUAUGAAACAGCAUUCAGGGGUUCGACCCUAUCAGUGCGAGCAUUGCGGCAAGGAUUUCAUUCAAAAGUCAUCGCUCACGGUUCAUCUGCGCACCCACACCGGCGAACGUCCCUUCAAAUGCGAUUCGUGUGAUCGAGCUUUCGUGCAGGCUCAACAGCUCAAAUACCAUCGCCAUUCGGCACAUGGCGGUCCGUCGUUAAGUAAAAAGGAACCACCACCGAAGCCGUCCAGUGACGGUCGAAUCUAUCCGUACUGUUGUUCACUGUGCAACAAAGGAUUCAAAUUGCCGUCGUCGUUGUCGUCCCAUAUGAAAAUCCACAAUGAGGAACGCAAGCACGUUUGUUCGCAGUGCGGAAAUUCGUUUAAACGUGCCGAACAUUUGCGAAUUCAUAUCAACGGCGUCCAUUUGAAGAAGAAACCUUAUACGUGCGAAUACUGCCCGAAAACGUUUGCCCAAUCCGGCGAUCGGAACAUCCAUCGACUGCGGCAUACGCAUGAGAAAAAUCACCAGUGCACAUACUGCAUGAAAAUGUUCAGGCUACCGAAAGCGUUACGAGCUCACUGCCGGAUACACACCGGAGAGAGGCCAUACACAUGCGAAUUUUGCCAAAUGGACUUUAUGACCUACACAGCCUUAGCCACACACACGAUGAAACACGAAAAUGUUCUAUCAGCCGAAGCACCGAGCGUAAAAGAUGAAUUAAAAGCUGCGACUAUACCAUUGGGUAUUAUAACAGCAUCGGAUUCGAAUUUGGUUCUGACAUUGACCAACUGAAACAGCGGCCAUAGCUUAGAAAGUGCAUGUUCAAGUGCAGGACCAAUUUUAUUUGAAAUAAAAUUUUUACCGAACAGUUA